UGGCUGUUGGCUCGUGGUGCUAUCUGCAAACUAUUUCAGAGCUGCGAAGAUGGCGGACGAUCUCAGCUGGCAACUGCCAGCGGAUACUUUUCCCGAUGCUGGAACAGAUUUUAUAUCGGCAAAUGAUUUAGAAAAUGUCUCAUUAAAUGAUGUUGAAGACAUGGUGAAUUACAUGUUUCCUGAUGGAUCAGUAGAUGGUGACCCUUUUGAUUCACAGUUUCCAUUGUCAGGAAGUUUAAAUGAUACAGACUUGCUGGGUUCUUCCACAAAUCCCAUUCUUAUGGACACGAGUAUCAAACAAGAACCUCCCCUUGAUAACAGCUUCAGUAUAAAACAAGAACUUUCCUUGGAGGAGCAGCUUUCUAUUGUAUCACAAACAAUAUCAGCUGAUGCAAGCUUAUCUCAGUCAUUAAGUGAAACACCAAAUGUGAGUUUGAACACAUUACAGACUGAGAUUCUUGCUGGUCAACCUGUUAACAAACCCCCAGUCAUUAACAUUUCUCAUCCAAGUAGUGUUCAGUUGCAGCAGGCUGCUCUCAAGAUUCGACAGGCACAAUUGGUAGCUCAGAAAAAGCAGCAAAUACUCUUGCAAUUUCAACAAAAGCAACAGAAACAACAGCAGGCAGCUCAGUUACAACAGCAGCUCAAGUUGAUUUUGCAGCAGGCUGCACAAGCAACUGCUGUGCAGCAACAACAAAAAGUCCAGGUACAGCCACAGGUGGUAGCUCAGCCACAGGUCCAGCGAGUCGCCCAAACAAUAACCCAGACACCUGUGUCUACUCAGUUACCUGUGAUCGCUCCUCACACCACUAAUGUUGGAAUCAACCAAUUCAACCUUCAGCAGCUUCAACAGUUGCUUCUUCAAGCACAGCCCAAGACAACAAGCAAUGCUACUGUCCAUCCUGUCAGUGUGUCACAGCCCAUCAGUGUUAGUGUUCCCCAACAGACCCUGUCACCACCCCCAAACUAUGUAACCAUAUCUCAGGCCUCCUCCCCUCCUAAAACCAUGGCACCCCUCCAGACAGUUAUGACCAACACUGGAACCAUUCUCACCACCACCAGCAUUCCCAUACAGAUGGUACAGGAUAAUGACGGCUUUGACAAGCUGCCCAUCAACCGACUCAACUCGGUGACGAAGGGUCCAAAGAAGGGGGAGAAGAGAACAUCUCAUAAUGCCAUUGAAAAAAGAUAUCGACUGAGUAUCAAUGAUAAAAUUAUUGAGCUCAAAGAUCUAGUUGCUGGAACUGAAGCAAAGUUGAACAAAUCUGCAAUUCUGAAGAAAGCUAUUGACUACAUUCGAUAUCUGCAAAACACAAUCAGGAGAUUAAAACAGGAGAAUAUGGCUCUGAAAAUGGGUUCCCAGAAAUCAAGUACUUACCCUACAGAUGUUGAAGAAAUACUGAAAGCGUCAUGUGUGAUUACUCCGCCUGGAUCAGAGACAGGAUCUCCCACGCAUAGCGUUCAAUAUACAAGCGACAGUGAAGUCUCAUCACCUGCUAGUCCAAGUUAUGAAUCUGAAUCCGACACAAAUAAUGGGUUUGGUAUGGCAACAAUCAACACCAUGCGUGACCAGACACGAAUGGCAAUGUGCAUCUUUAUGUUUGCUGUGAUUGCAUUCAACCCCUUUGGUGCUCUGCUGAAAACUGGAUCACAAGGAUUUGAGAUGGGAGCUGCCAGUAUUCCAGGAAGGACACUUCAGGGUGUAUCUGAAGGAGCUGCUAAUGGAUUUAUGGACUGGAUGUUCCCUACUUUGAUGAUGUGGAUGUUAAAUGGUAUCAUUGUCACUGGAGUGCUUGCUAGACUUUUCAUAUAUGGGGAGCCUGUGACCAAGAAAAACAGUGAAGCAGCAGUGUCAUUCUGGAGGCAUCAGAAUCAAGCAGAUACCUAUCUUGGGAGGAAAGAAUAUACGCGAGCAGUGAACCAGUUUCGUCUAUCACUCUCCUCCUUGGGACGCCCAUUGUCCACAACACGACUGGAUCUAGCAUCAGGGUUACUGUGGAACAUCGUCAGAAUGGUACUCAACAGGCUUUACCUUGGCAAAUGGAUCUCCAACCAGAUCAGUAACUUGAGCAGCAACACUGAUGAAGAUGUGAAGACUUCAGCUAGAGAUGCUGCUAUGGUGUACCACAAACUCAACCAGAUCCACCUUACAGGACACGUGCCAGGUAGCAACAUAUGGGGCCUGAACCUGACCUUGUGUGCUGUUAACAUGGCUGAGGCAGCAGGAAGGAACAUCACUGUAGCUCAAAAGGCCGAGAUCUAUGCUACAGCUGCUGUCAGACUUCAGGCAACAUUGCCGUGGAACCUCCUUUUCUUGAGGAGAUAUUUUCUGAGGCAGGCAAGGAAGGUGUGCAGUGGAAAUGGAGACCAGAUUCCAGCCAAAAUGCAGUGGUUGUGUCAUCCAGAAGGUCAUGUGUUCUUUGUUCAGGGAUCGUGGCAAAUAGGUGGCAAGAACAGCAUCUUCACAGUGUCCGGAAAUGAAGCUGACCCUCUGGAACAUGUAACCCAAGCUUUCAGGGAGUUCCUGUUGGAGAAGGCCCUGUACUCCCUCCUUACACCCGAGCCACAGAAACAAAGUGGUCCAUCUCAAUCAGCUGAGGUUCUUCUGUAUACACAACUGCUGUCAGACUGUGCCAGCCUUCAAACAACAACAGUUGGCCUUUCUGUUUCGGGUGUGGAUGAGGUAGCAAGGUGGUGGUCAUCCAUUGUCAGUGUGGCAAUGUACUGGUUGUCGGGAGACGAGGAAAAUGCAGAAAGGUGUUACUCUCAGUGUGAUGCUUUCCCAAGAGCACUGCAGCAAUCCGAUGAUCCUUUACCAAAGGCAGUUUUGGUAGCCUUCAGAGCAAGGCGAAAUCUGCAAUCUAAUGUACAUGGAGCAAACCAUUGUGUUCGUCAGUGUGAUAGAGCCGGCAGGUUGCUGCGGGAUAGCCUGAAGUUCACAUACAUGACAGAAAAUGACAAAAUUGUUUCACAUCUGCAAUUGUUAGUGUCUGACUGGUUGUUAAUGACAAGGAAGGAGGUCUGGGAGUCUGUCCAGAUGGAAGACAAGUCCACCAUUGCCUCACAGACCGAACUCAUUGCUUACCAGCAGGACCUGGCCAGCUUCAGGAAGGUUGCCAAAACCUACAAGUCUGUCAUGUCAAAGGUGUUUUUACAUGAAGCAACAGGUCGUAUGAUGGCCGGGGCAUGUCCAGCACGUACACAACAACUUUUGGAGAGGUCCAUCAGACGUCGCCAUGUCAGCAAGUCCGACAGAGAGGAUGGGUCGGACAGUGAUACACCAGAUCGUCAACAGGCCACAGCCCUUCUGAUGGCUGGCAGACAUCUCCCUGAGCCAAUGAUUGCUUCAAAGUCGGACCGAGUCCAUCUCAUUUCGGAAGCAAGCAAAAUAUAUGAAGCCAUUGGGGAUAAAAAAUCAGUACAGAGUUGUAGAAAGGUUAUAAUGCAUUUUGAAGAAAGCAGCAUUUCAUCCUCGGUGUCCAUUCAGUGCUAGUGACUGCCACCAGGCUUGUGUUUUAUAAAGUGCUGGCGUUUCUCGUGUAUUAUGAUACAAACUUUGAUAAAUUAUUUCUUUUGUAUAAAACUGGAAUGCAUAAUUGUAUGCACAACUCAUCAUGUGAUAAUGAAAAGAAGAUUGAAUACAAGGAAAGAGUAAAAGUUGUGAUUGAAUGAAUGAUUUUAUUUUGUAUAUGCUGACAUCAUUGUAAUAAAUGUUGUGAAUUUUU